UGAGCGGGGGAGGGGCAGAGCGAGGGGGAGACACAGAAUCGGAAGCAGGCUCCAGGCUCUGAGCUGUCAGCACAGAGCCGGACGUGGGGAUCGAACUCGAACCAUGAGGUCAAGACCAGAGCUGAACUCGGACGCUUAACUGACUGAGCCACCCAGGGGCCCCUCUUCUCAGUGGCUUUUAAUGAACGGGAGUUUUCAGUCACGAUGAGGUCUUACCUGGUUAAGAUUUCGUUCUUGGCUAUUGCCUACUCUACCCUGAGGACCCUCGCCUGCCUCCAGAUCACAACGGUGUUCUCCUCUGUUUCCUCCUAGAAUCUUUACAGUGUUAGCUUUUAUGUUCAGGUUCUACCCCGUGAUCUGUCUCAGAUUAAUUUUUUUGUUGAUGCGGUGGGGUGGGGUCGAGUUUCAUUUUUUUCCCUUUGGAACAUCAGUUGGUCCACACUGUUUGUCCAAAGGACUUUCUUUUCCCAGUUGAACUGCUCCUGUUGUCAAAAGGCAUUUGUCCUUGGUUAUCGUCUAGCUUGCUGGGUCAGUUGCUAGAGACCGUGGCCUGAAGUCCUAAAAGUCAGACUUACAGAUACCAGGUUGGCUUCCUGGGAUGAUUCCUGCAGACUGUGGGUCAGAGUUCUGAUUUUAUGUGUGGUCUGGUCAUUGUCUAUAUGUAUAUUCAGACUCCCAUUAUCAUAAGCUUUUGCAAACAUACACAAAAUUAGAGAGGUAGUAUUAUAAUGAACUUCUAGAUAGCCACCACCCAGAUUUAAUAAUAUUAAGCAUUUUGUCAUAUUGCAUCCAGAGUUUAAUGUUUUUGUGUGAAUCACAGCAUCAUAGCAUUUCUGCCCUGUAUGAUGUUUCAAGACGCAUCUCCGUAUCUUUAAGACAUUUGCUUUUGGGGGCGCCCUGGGUGGCUCAGUGGGUUGAGUGUCCAACUUUGGUUCAGGUCAUGUUCUCGCAGUUCACAAGUUCGAGCCCCGUGUCAGGCUCUGUGAGGACAACUCAGAGCAUAGAUACUGCUUUGGAUUCUGUCUCUCUCUCUCUGCCCCUCACCCACUCACGCUGUCUCUGUCUCAGAAAUAAAUAAACAUUAAAAAAAAUUUAAGACAUUUGCUUUUGUGUCCACAAUAGCGUUACCAAAUACAAAUUUUUAUUUUUUAAUUGUUUUAAUUUUUAUGUUUAUUAUUUUUGCGACAGAGAGAGUGCAAGUGGGGGAGGGGCAGAGAGAGGGGGACCGAGGAUCCAAAGCGGGUUCUGUGCUGACAGCAGCAAGCCCGAUGCGGGGCUCAAACUCACGAACUGCAAGAUCAUGACCUGAACAGAAGUCAGAUACUCAAGCAACUGAGCCACCCAGGCGCCCUGCAAAUACAAAUUUUUAAUUCUUAGUGUCAUCUAACCCAAUCCAAAUUCAAACUUCCUUAAAAUUAUCCCCAAAUGUCUUUAUAUAAUGGGUCUGUUCUAGUCAGAAUCCAAAAAGGGGAACAUGUUGCCCUUAGUUACGCCUUUUAAUUAUCUCUGUUUAAACAUUUUAUUGCUAUUUAAUGUGCACACAGAAAACUAGUCAUAUCAUGAAUAUACAGCACAGACACACCCAUGUAACCCGCGGUAGCCAGACCAAGAAUCAGAACAUUACAGCACCCCAGAGGUUUCCAUUGUGUUCCCCACCCGCUACCCCCACCAAAGGGAACCACUAUCCCUAACUGCAAAUAGCACAGAUUUUGAAUUUUAUGUAAAUGAAAUCUCAUGUUAUGUAAAUGGGGUUUUAUGUAAACGGAGGUGUGUCUGGCUUCUCUCGGUCAGUGUUGUGUUUGGAGAUAAGUGCAUGUUCGUUGGUGCUUGGGCUUGUCAGCUCGUGAUUCUUUCCUUCUCGCGGCUGUGUGGUCCCAAUCCAGGGAGCCAUCUUGGCGUCAGCCUGCAGCCUGCCCAACCCCAAUUGUGUGACUAAGUCUGCCUCCUGAUGCUCCAAACAUGGUCUCCAGGUUAGAGGGACCCAUCCUCCCUUCUCAGAUGGCUGCUCUGAGGGCUGAGCCCCACAUUCAAAUCUCUGGUGAGUCCAGAAGCCCCGGCAUCUCCGGCCUUCCUUCCACUGUCUCCUCUGCCAGCCCAACUUUGGGGCCUCAGUCCUGGUCCACCUCUGAGAUGUCAAGGACAUUAAAGCACAAAGCCAGGCAUCGCCCUCUGCUGAGAGCCAGGCUGCAGACGGAUGCUGAGAACAGGAAGGGCGUGUGAGGACCGCUUUGGCUUCACCCCUGCUUCUAACUGUUGCGGGUACCGGGUGCCCAGUCCUGAGGAGCCGUGACAAUGGAGGCUCUCCCCAGGGCCCUGGAGGUCGAGGAGAAGUCUCCGGAAUCCAAGGACCUGCUGCCCAGCCAGACCGCCAGCUCCCUGUGCAUCAGCUCCAGAAGUGAGUCUGUCUGGACCGCCACCCCCAGGAGUAACUGGGAAAUCUACCGUAAGCCCAUCGUCAUCAUGUCGGUGGGGGGCGCCAUCCUGCUCUUCGGCGUGGUCAUCACCUGCCUGGCCUACACCCUGCACCUGGGCAACAACAGCCUUAAGGUCCUUAAGAUGAUAGGGCCCGCCUUCCUGUCGCUGGGACUCAUGAUGCUGGUGUGCGGGCUGGUGUGGGUGCCCAUCAUCAAAAAGAAACAGAAGCAGAGACAGAAGUCCGUUUUCUUCCAGGGCCUCAAGUCCUUCUUCCUGAAUCGCUGAUGGCGGCCAACAGCUCUGUUCUCCCUGUCGCCCCGCCCCCUCACCGGGAGGAGAUCUGACAAGGACAUCAACAUCCCCAUCUUCUUGGGGGUGGGGUUAGCCAUAAAGCAGACCAGCGAAGCCUCUUCCUGGCCCUGCGGGGAAGAGCUCAGGGCUCCGAGUGCAGCUGGAGGGGGCUGCUGGCUGUGUCUCAUUUAGGCUCUCUGUAACUGCCCUGCCUCCCCUUAGACGCUGGCUGCAGGCAUCCCCUUUCAAGGCUCACUCCCUCCCUGCUCCUGCAUCCAGGUACCAGCCAUCUAACUCUCUCCGCAGAGCGCUAUGCAUGUUGGGAAAUUCCUCCGGCCAGGCCGUGCCCCAAGGAGAGCCUCCUGUUUCUGCAUCUGAGUGCCUGAGCUGGAUUCGCCCAUUUGCACCCUUCUGGGACCCAAACUGACCGGUGGAGGUCCCUCUGAGUGCCUGAGCUGGAUUCGCCCAUUUGCACCCGAACUGACUGGUAGAGGUCCCUCACAGAAGAGCCAGAAGACUGGUCUGGCUCCCUGUGUUCACCAGCCCCAGCUCUCUCUGUGGGCAAGAUACCGAUUGGCAUUUCAAGAGACGAGACGAGUCACAUGUAUAAAACACGGCGAAGAGUGAACACUAAGGGUGGCCAGGGAGAAACGCUUUGGAAGAAGGCGCGUCCCCCCUCCCCCGACCCCAGAAAAGGCGCUGGGAGUCAGCCAGCUGAGGAAAUUUAACUCCGGCUUAUAGAGUUUUUACAUCAGAGGCCGUGUGGGCUGGACUGGGGGUGCCACAGUUUGACCUUCUAGCUCCCCUGUGAACUUGACAAUUAGCCAAGCAAAAGUGCAUGUUGCCCUGACUCCCCCUUUCCCCCUGUCUACCCGGCCCCACCCACCCCUAAUUCUAGGACAGCAAGACAGAGACCGCAGAGGGAUUCUGUAAGAUUGUUCUGUCCUUCACCUCCAUCGAGGACCAAAGACCAUGCACCGCACCUGAACGGUCUGUGGGUUUCCAGAGAGAGAGGAUUUGCUUUAGAAAAAUCCCAAUGUCUGGUCUCCCUGCCUAUAGCCACCGAAGGAGCGAACAUUUACUGGGCGCCCUUCUCCGGGGCCAGGCCCUGGGAUGACAGACAACCGGCCAGACAACUUCAUUCUAAAGCGAGACAUAUGGCCAGGCCGAGGUGCGGCUGCAACACCCGUGCUGGGCGCGCUAUGGGGGAAACGUGGCAGGUGCAGGAACACAGAGGGGGCAUCUCGCCCAGACAGGGGAGAGGACGGAGGGAUUGCGGGACUGUGCCAUUGGAAUGGAGGACAACAGGAAAGACUAGAGCUAGCAAAGGGGGCGGGGGGCAGGGGGAGGCAAUUUGGGGGGCAAAAGUCCAGGUGGGGGACGGGGGAGGGGAGGGAGCUUAACGAAAUUAGGCAACUGCACGGCAACUUCCUGCCUCUUGGCCUGCUUCCCACCUGCUUCCCAUCUGCCUUAGUGCAGCCUCUCCAGGGGCCACGAUGAGGCCACAGACUGGAAGGGGGUUUCCAGGGGGUCCACCAAGCAGAGAGCACCCAUGAGGUAAGCGCUCCCCAAAUCUGGGGCUUAGGGUGAGCAGAGGCUCUUAGGUGACAGACCAGGAGGCUGCCCUGGGCCGGGCCAGAGGUCCAGUGGAGAGCACGGAUAACGAGGUAUGAAGGGAGGGCAGCCUCUCUAGGGUUUCUGGGCCCUGCUCCCCUGUCACCAUGGCAACCCCCCCCCCCCAACAAGCCUCCAGUACUUCCAUCCUCUGUGGUAGUUCCAGAUGCAGAGUCAGAACCUCACCUAGUUCCUUCUGCAUCAUGGGAAACUCCAUGGAGGCAGGUACCUGUCCCAGGGGGCCACCCCUGCCCCACCCACCUGAGAAGCCAGAACUUGGGGGGCCUGUGGCCUUUGGGGCUUCACCCAAAACGACCAUGUGUCUCAUUCGGACAGCGUAGCCAGGUCCUCUAGCUGAACUGUCCCCUGCAUAAGGCGGUCAAGUCCCGUCUGGGGUGCACUGCAAGUGCUUUGUCCUUAACUGUCGUUCUAGUGCCUCGAGUGACAGGGCUUACAGACCAUCUACCCGCCUUUCUCUGGCCUGAAUGCAGAUUCCGCAGCGGCCCUAUACUAUCACUCUCACCUCCCCUGAUGCUUUCUUACGUGAGAGUAAACAGGACGGGCUCUCAGCUCGCUCACUGGGAAUCCACACUCCCUGUGUCUCCCUACGUCCGCCCCAAAGCUCGUGGUCUGGGCGCAGCUGUGGUAGAGAGGCCCAUGCGGAGGCUACUGUUGUGUACAUCUUGCUGGGAGUCUGGGGGCAGCCAUGACUCUAGGAAGUAUCCAAGGUCUGGACUCACCUGGAAGUUUCCAGCAAUGCUUGCCCACGCGCCCUGCCCCUUAAGCUAGCAUCUCAGCAAGAAUAAUGAGGAAACAUCCCCCGUGCAUCACUCAUCACCACUGGGAUCCCCGCACAUGGGCAUGGACCAGGGAACAUGCCAGCAUCACGCUGAGGGGCUUUUGCCAAAGGCCAUCGCCGCAUGGGACGCUGGGGCGUCUGCGCAGCUGGUCUGGAAUGUGGCCCAGGCCACGCGCCGCAUUUCUGGGGGAAAGCAUCUCCACCGAGACUCUUCCGGUGCCCGUGGAUCGGAGGACGGGACCGGCAUCCACGUGUCUCUGCUCCGCGGACCGUACCCUUCCACCCACAGCUGUUCUGUUCGGGAGAUUUUGUUUUAAUCUGAGUCCUUAAAGGAACUGAUGUAAUGUUGAAUCGUGCGCUCUUUCUCGGUGUCCCCUGUGUUUUCAUUCUGUCCCACCCGGAGUCCCAAGACUGUCCCCACGGGUCCUCGCCGCCCCCCCCCCCCGCCCCCCGCCAGGAGCUGAUAGCCCCUCUCUGAGACGCUGAGGUCGCAGACAGAGCGAACGCUCCUGACUCUUUCUUUCCCCACAAGCCCAUCACUGAGACCAAAAAGAGAUAUGGGAAAAGAACCUUCCGGGAUGAAUCAGCGGGGCCAGGGUGAGGCAGGCGGCGACCUGGGGGUCAGCCUGUCGACGUCGCCGUGAACUCAGGACAGCGAGCACAGGAAGGGGGCACGUGGCCUCCCUCUGCCUCCUAAGUCCUUCUUCCUCCCUCCCGGCCCAGCCUCUUCUGCUUCUCUGGGUCUUACAACCUGGCCCUCUGCUACUUGGCCCCCGCACCAGAUUCACCGUGUCUUUGAUGUCCUGCCUGCCUUGUCCUUAACGGGAGAAGAAAGGCCGGCUCUGGGUCUGGAUGAACACGCAGUGAUGGAUUCCUCUCUCGGUUCCUGCAGCAUCGCCAGACUCACGACACCUCGUCCCCGCCUGUCCCUGCUCCCCCCCCACGCCCAUCACUUUGUCACUAUCUCCAGAGGUGACUGGAAAACUACACCCACAACCCCUGAACGUGUCUGAUAUGAGGUGUGCAUGAGGGGACUGCCCGAGCAUGUGCCUGGUGAAGCUUCCGGGCCGUGGGGUGCGUCAGGGGAGGGCUCUGAGAAGGGGCAGGGGGAGCGGGUAAGUGCAGUUGGCAAGGACACUCUGGAGCGGGGUCUCUGAAGAGCAGAGGAAGGACCCAGGCGGAAAAUAAAGGACAUUUCUUGGGUGCUAACUGCAUGCCGGAAACUGACCCAAUCCUUCCCAAGACCCUGUUCUCAGGUGCUACUCUUAUCAUCAACCCCAUCUCACAGGUGAGAUAAGUGAGGCACGGGGACACCAAGCUAGGAGCAGCAAGCCAGGAUUAAAAUCCAGAAGGCCUGGUUCCUGAGGCGACACCCAUUACACCCCUUGCCCCCCAUUCAGCUCUCCAGAGACCCCCAGGGUCGCUGUGGUGGGCUCUGGGCUGCGAGGCAGGGAAAGCAGGAGUGCAGCUGGGGUUGGGAGACAGGAGGGGAGGACACACCCAGCAGGGGCCCAGAACGCCAAGCAGGGAAGUGGCCAGGCACCAGGAGGACAGACAGACGGAGCCACCAGCCAGGAAAGAAGCCAGCGUUCUGAGCAUCUCCUACGAGCCACGCACAAGUGCAGGGGGUGGGGAUGGGGGUCUCCGGCCGCUGGCACGAGGUGGUGCUGUCACAACAGGGUGGCCUUGGUACCUCCCAGGCCAGGCUCUUCUGCUGAGUGCUGAGAAGGAUCUAACAAGGAUCUAAGUCAACAGCCAGUAUCACUUUCCCAGGAAGCACAGUUGCUGAGCUCCGCGGCUUUCUGCAGGGAGGGAAGCUGGGGGCUUGCCCGCCCUUUCUCCAAAGAAAGAUCCUCCUUGCUUCCUUUAAGACUAGAGUGGACUCCAUGGGGCCCCUGAGUGGCUCAGCCGGUUGAGCGUCCGACUUCGGCUCAGGUCAUGAUCUCGCAGUUUGUGAGUUUGAGCCCCGCAUCGGGCUCUGUGCUGAUGGCUCAGAGCCUGGAGCCUGCUUUGGAUUCUGUGUCUCCCUCUCUCUGCCCCUCCCCUGCUCACGCUCUGUUUCUCUCUCUCAAAAGAAAAUAAAGACAUAAAAAAAAAAAAAAAAAAA